AUGGCCAACCCCCAUACAUGGAGCCGCCUUGCCGGCGCCCUCACGAUCUUGGCAGGCCUCGGUGGGGUCAGUGCCGUACCCAAGAGCACGCUGAUCACCCCGCCGAGCUCGUUCUUUGCAACCAGCCUUGUGGAGUAUUCUUCAAGCGUCAACAUCGCUGCGAGUGACGGCGACUUGUGGCCUACGACUUGGGCCGACGAUGACUACCUCUACACGGCCAACGGUGACGGGCGCGGCUUCUCGACCAACCAAGCCGAUUUCGCCGAUGCCGUGGUGAACCGCAUCUCGGGGACACCAGAAACCGGCAUUACCGGCUUGCGACUGGCGGCAGGUAACCAGCUUGGUCCCGUCUGGACGCCUGGCACAUACAACAGGAAGCCAACUGGCAUUGUAGCCGUUGAUGGUGACGGCGACGGCAAGGACGAGCUCUACUUGGCCAUCCAGGACCUCAACUAUGGAGCCAACGGUGCCGCCUUCAACGAUGUUCCUGCGGCCAGCAUCCUGCGGUCCACCAACUACGGCGCCACGUGGACGGCAACGCAGUCUCCCAUGUUUGCCAACUACACUUUCACGACAGUCUUCUUCCUCGACUUUGGCAAGAGCCAGGCGCAAGCCUCCGUGCUGGGAGCCGACGGCCCCAAGUACGUGUACGCCUACGGCCUGGACAACAAUUGGCGCGACUCCGUGGCAGGGUCAGUGCCCGACCCGCAGGAUCUCUAUCUCGCGCGGGCCCCGAUCAAUGCCAUUCAAGACGUCUCAAAAUGGCAAUUCUUCAGCGGCUCGGCCUCCUCGCCCGCUUGGACGGCAGACAUCAAGGCGCGCCGGUCGAUCCUCCACGACACGCGCCGAGAGUACCCAGGCGACCAGACAGCCGACGGGUUCUCCGUCCUGUCUCAAGGCAGCGUCGUGUACAACGCACCGUUGAAGAGGUACAUCUACACGAGCUGGACAGACUACACUUUUGACUUUUACGAGGCGCCCCAGCCCUGGGGCCCCUUCACGCUCUUCGAGUCCAAGGACUUCGGCGUGACUCCAUGGUUUGGCCGGAACACGAGCACGCCGAAAAAUGGCGGCUAUGCCACGACCAUUCCGUCCAAGUUCAUCUCGGCGGACGGGACGAACAUGUGGGUUCAGUCCAAUUGGUUUGUCGGCGCGGCGGCGGGCAGCGACGUCAAUUACUGCUUCUCCUUGCGACGACUGCAGGUGACCAAGUACACGGCCUCGCAGGCAGCCAACCAGCCCGGCUCCUCCAACCUGGCCCGCGCCGCUGGUGCCGUGCCGAUUUGCAAGGCGGCGCAUUAUGGACACUUGACGUACCUCAACGAUGGUGCGACGUUGAGCGAGGACAGUUGGGACGGGUCUCAGAAGAACCUCGACCGCUGGGGUUACGUCUGGCCUACGCAGUACCGCAUGAAUCGCGUCGUCUACACGACUGGCAGCUCCUUCCCAGAUGGCGGGUGGUUCUCGAGCAACCUGACAGUCCAAGUCCGCCAGAACUUCCAGUGGAUCACCGUCAGCGGCCUCCAAGUGAACCCGCAGUAUCCAUACAACAACGCAGCAGUACCGAACAAGGCCUUCACCUUCACGUUCGACGACGUGGCUGGUGACGGUAUUCAGAUCAUUGGUGUUCCGGGUGGUUCCUUCUUUUUCACGUCCAUCGCUGAGCUGGAGGUGUAUUACGACAAUUGA